AUUUCAGUUAUCAGCUUGAUAGUAAACGAGUAGGUGCUGGGUGCACCUGCACCAAACUAUAUAUCGACAUUUGUACCUUACUGAUCAAUUUGUUAAUAAGUAAUUAGUAUUUUAAUAUUUACUCAAUCUAAGUGAAUGAAACAAUAUAAUGAAAAACAAUUUUUGAAUUUUUUUUAAUAAUAAGAUUACUUUCAUCUAACAUGUUGCGGAGUAUGUUUAUUUGUUCAGUUUUAUGUAUCGCAGCCUGCGCCAUAGUCACAAGGGCGGCAAAUAUAUUGGCAUUUAUGCCGUUACCGAUUAAAAGCCACUUUCGCGGAUUUCAACCAUUGUUCGAAGAGUUAGCACACCGAGGACACAAUGUAACGGUAGCUAGUUCAUUCCCUCUAGAUCGUCCAAUUGUCAACUACACGGAUAUAGGGCCAUUUGUUAACAAAGAAAGAGUGAGGAAUGUAAUGGAUUUAGUGCACAUGAACUUCGUAACGUCGGUUAAAGUGAAAUGGGAACUUGGCAUAAGAUUUUCUGAUGUAAUCAUGUCGCAUGGGAACAUGAAAAAGUUCGUCCAAUCGAAUUCGAAUUCAUUCGAUUUGGUCAUGAUCGAAACUUUCAGUCAAGAGUACACAAUCGCAAUGGGCCACAAAUUCAACGCCCCCGUCAUAAAUCUUGCACCGUCGAUGCCCUGGGUCAGUAUUAGCAAAUGGCUGCACAACCCUUCCACAUUUUCAUACAUACCGGACGUGUGUAUGAAAUCAACAGGUGAUAUGGGUUUUGUCAACCGUUUAAAAAACACCAUAACUGGGCUCAUGCAGUCUUAUGUGGAGAAUUACUUUUAUUUACCUAAAAUGAAGGAAGCGAUGAACAAACACUUCAAGUAUGAAGGUUGGGAGUCCAGGCCUCCACUCGAGCAUAUGUUGAAAAAUGUGUCCCUAACACUGGUAAAUUCAAAUUAUGCGAUUGGUGUACCUAGACCGUAUCUUCCCGGUAUCGUCGAAGUAGGUGGAAUGCACUUAACAACCCCGAAAUCUCUACCCGAGAAUCUUCAAACUUUUUUAGAUUUUGCAGAUGAAGGGGUAAUAUUUUUCAGUUUUGGUACGCUAGUUAAUUUAAAUGACUUGCCCAAAGAAAAAUUAAACAUUUUUCUUAGUGUCAUUCAAAAAUUAAAACAGAAAAUAAUUCUAAAAUGGAUACCUCCUAAUGAUAGUGUAAAGCUAUCUGAAAACAUUAUGACUGGUUCAUGGUUUCCACAAAACGACAUUUUAGCACAUCCAAACGUUAGACUAUUCAUAACCCACGGAGGAUUACAUAGCAUAGAAGAAACCGUUAGUAAUGCAAUACCUAUAGUUGGAAUACCAUUUUUUGCUGACCAGUAUUUAAACAUGAAAAUAGCUGAGGAGAAAGGUUAUGGUAAACUUGUAAAUUUUUUUGAAAUGACUGAAGAAUUAUUUGAAAAUGCUAUCAAAGAAGUACUGUCGAAUGUGAUGUAUAAAGAGAUGGUAAAGAUCCAGAGUCAGAUAUUCAAAGAUCAACCAAUGAAACCUUUGGAUCGAGCUGUUUACUGGGUCGAAUAUGUUAUUCGAAAUGGUGGAGCUAAACAUCUUAUAAGUGACUCAUCAGAGUUAAACGAGAACUUGCACAUACAGUGGCGCAACUUGAUAAUGAGGGGCCCAUGUUGAAAAUUUCUAGACCGGGGCCCUUACCUGCUAGCAAGAAUUAAACACAGUACAGCACUUGGUAUAAUCCGAACGUGGUUCAAAGUACUCUUUAAACUUUUCUAAUAUCUCCAAGAACAAUUUGAAAUUUUCACAAAAUCGGUCAAGUAGUUUUUGAGAACCUAUAUAAUAGCCACAGCUUACAAAUAUAUACAUUUAACUCUCAUGUUUGUUUUAAGAUAUAAUUUCUUUAUUCGAAACCAUAAGCGUGUGCCGAUUUAAUGGAUCCUUUUACGUCAUCUACCAGAGUAAUUAAUGGCAAACAUUUAAAAUACUAUUUUUUACUAAUUAUUUAAAAAAAAAAAAAAUAAACAAAAAUGUCUAUCGUUAAUCUCAAAAUACCUCUCCGGGUUAAACUAACUGGGUCUAAUAGUGAAUCUAAACCGUUCAGAGACUCUCAAAAACACACAAAAAAUGUCGAGUGGUUUAGGAGGAGAUCAAUGACAUACAAACAAUUAUUUAUUUGUACUAUAUAUAUAGACAUAGAUUGUUAUUAUUUUCAGCCACCCGGCACCCAAUUAAU